UGAGGGAGAGUCUGUGUGUGUAUAAAUGCUCAGCAGCAGCUCCUCUGCAGACAGACAGCAUGUGGAGUCGAAGCAUCCUGCAGACGUUCAGAUCCAGCAGCAGACAGGCGGGUGUCCUCUUCGAUGUGGAUGGCGUCCUGCUCCGCGGUCCCUCCGUCAUUCCUGCAGCACGGAGAGCUUUCCGGAAGCUUCUGGACCGAAACAACAACUUCCUGUUUCCUGUUGUCUUCGUCACCAACGCAGGAAGCUGUCAGAGACACACCAAGGCCCAGCAGCUGUCUCACCUCCUGGGGGUCCAGGUGUCUCCGGAGCAGGUGGUUCUGUCCCACAGUCCUCUGCAGACGUUGGGUGAUUUCCAUGAUAAAUGUGUGCUGGUUUCGGGUCAGGGCCCGGUGACCGACAUCGCCAAAACUCUGGGCUUUCGGAAGGUUCUGAGUGUGCAGCAGCUCCGAGACCAGCACCCCCUGCUGGACAUGGUGGACCACAACCGCAGACCCGACCUGUCUUUAUCCCCUCUGAAGACGUUCCCCAAAAUAGAAGCGAUCAUCCUGUUCGGAGAGCCAAUCAGAUGGGAGACAAACCUGCAGCUGCUGAUUGACGUGCUCCUGACCAAUGGGAGUCCAGGACGCGCGUAUGACGUCCCGCUUCUAGCCCAGCUGCCCGUGCUCGCCUGUAACGUCGACCUGACGUGGAUGGCCGAGGCGCCGUCACCAAGGUUUGGUCACGGGGUGUUCCUGCUCUGUCUGGAGUCCGUCUACAGGAAAUUGACGGGGCGCGAGCUGCAGUACGAGGCGCUGCUGGGAAAACCCAACCUGCUGACCUACCAGUACGCAGAGAAACUGCUGAGACUGCAGAACCACAACCACAAGAUCAGCACCAUCUACGCCAUCGGCGACAACCUGAUGACGGAUAUCUACGGUGCUAACCUGUACAACCGUUACCUGGGUGAGCAGCACGCCGCCAUGACGACCCAGACUAAGCUUGUGGCCCAGGGGGCGGGGAGUCAUGUGACGGAGGAGGCGCCAGUGUCCGCUGAGUGUCGCUCCAUACUGGUGUGCACGGGCGUCUACAACCCCCACUCCCCUCUGCCCGGCGACAGUAGCAGCGUGUUCACAGAGACGCUGGUUCAAGGCCACGGGGACCUGCAGCUGGACCAACACCUGGUGAAGCCGCAUCACCUGGUGGAGGACGUGGAGGCGGCCGUGGACCUGCUGCUGCAGCGGGAGAGCAUCUGACCUCUGGAGGGGACGACCUUAAGGAGCAGUGUCACGUGACCGCCCCCCUGCAGGUUGUAGCUCGGGUGACCAGGUGCCAACCCAGAGACAAAGAGAGUGUUUGUGCGGGACAAUGUUGGACAUGGGACGUUACUGCCAUGCUCAGAGCUAGUUUAGGUUUAAAUAUAAUGUCUAUCUAGUGAAAAUAUUAGCCUAUAAGUAUUUUCCUUGUUUUGGUUAAGAAUUUCUAAAGAAGUCGAUCUAAUUUUGUCCUUUGCUAACAAAGAAAGGCUAUUGAAAUGUUUGUGUCAUUGUUUAAAUCAUUCAACUAUGAGAAGUUAAAUAUAUAUUGUAUACUUUAAAAAUGUACACUAAACAUAUUUUAUAAUAUCUAUUUAUUUACUAAUUCCCUCUCCCUAAGUGUGUUUACGUUUUUUACAUUUCUCAGUUUUGCUCCGUCUACUCCUUUCUGAAAGCCGUGUUGUAAACACAUGAACACAGAUGGUGUAGGAGCCUAAAUGCAGUUUGUUGAUGUAUGACUUCGGUGGUUCAGUUCAUGUUCAAAAUGACAGGAAUUAAUAACUCAUAUUUGGAAGUGUGUGCUGUGAUUGUGGCAUCUUGGUGGCUGUGUGCCUUUUGAUGUAUUUUUGGUGCACUCAGGGGAGGAGUUUCCGGGGUUAAUCUUGGUCAGACAGACAAAAGAAUGCAGGAGUGGAGCCACAGUUUUUGAUCUCUCUCUCUCUGGAUUUUUGGAAUCAUUUUAUAACUUUUGUAAAAUGACAUUAUUUUCUAUGCUUAUUUUCUUGAAUCAAAGUAAACUGUUGAAUUUAC